AUGCUUGCUGCCGUCGCCGGUAUGACUGCCGAUGCCAACAUUCUCAUCAACUACGCCCGCCAGGCAGCCCAAAGAUACCUCCUCACCUACAACGAAGAUAUUCCCUGCGAACAGCUCGUCCGGAGACUCUGUGAUUUGAAGCAAGGCUACACACAACACGGUGGUCUGAGACCGUUCGGUGUCUCCUUCAUCUACGCCGGCUGGGAUCCCCGCAGACAGUUCCAGCUGUACCAGAGCAACCCUUCAGGCAACUACGGUGGAUGGAAGGCGACGGCUGUUGGCGCUAACCGAGCGAGCGCGGAGAGCUUGCUCAAGCAGGACUACAAGGAGGACUGCACCUUGAAGGAGGCAUGCGGUAUGGCGGUCAAGGUUCUCAGCAAGACCAUGGACUCAACGAAGUUGAGCGCCGAGAAGCUUGAAUUCGCCACGGUUGGCCAGACUGAGGACGGCAAGAUCUACCACCGGCUCUGGACAGCAGAGGAGAUCAAGGCACUGCUCAAGGAGCACGACUUGGCGAAGGAUGAAUCUACGGAGGACAAAUAA